GUGGCUGUCUCCUCUGGGGUUGCUGGCUGUGGAGGCUGUGGGCGGAGCGAUGAGGUCGUCGGCCGUGGGCGGGGUUCCGUCGGCAGUUGGAGUAUCGGGGGAGGCGGCAGCAGCUGCGGUGAGGGUGGUGUGUGAGGUGUUGUAUCUGUGGAAGUGGAGGUGGUGAGUGCAGCAGCGGUUCCGGAAGUGGUGUGGCCGGCGGAGGCGGAUGUGACGUCAUCGGUGGGGUCUCCGGCCGUGUCUUCAUGGUCAAUGGCGGCGGGGCAGUGGAUCUGUUGGAGUUGCACACAGCGCAACGCGUCUUUGAUCAACACAAAUUGACACAAACCGAGCAACUUCUGAAUGUGACUGAAGUAAUCAACUGUUUAACGUCCAUUUAUGAUGUUUUGGAACAAAACCACAAGGACUUGGUCAAUGUGCCACUCUGUGUCGACAUGUGUCUGAACUGGCUGCUGAACGUAUUUGAUACCAUCGAGACCAAGCCAGACAGCUUGUCAUGCUUGUUAGCAGUCAUCAAUCAAAGGAAUUCUAGUAACUAUUUGGAGCCACAGAGGACACUUUUCUGCGUGCCACGAGAUGUAUAUCAGCCAUACCAAAAUGCUGCCUUUGCCUGA